CUCGACCAAUCAGAGAACAGACGUCCGUGACGUCACACAGGUCGAAACCAAGAUGUCAGCCUACACUAUUGAACGUGAGAAAUCCGAGUAACGAAGGACUUCUGCAAUUAUGUUGAGUUUAUCUAUAAAAGAGGUGUCUGCGGCUCUGAGGGAAGGAAAGCUCUCAGCUACAGAACUGUGCAGAAAAUGUCUGCAGCGCAUAAAGAAGACACGCCACUUGAACGCCUACAUCAGUGUUACAGAGGAAGUGGCAAUGAAACAGGCACAGGAAGCAGAUGGAAGGCUCCUCAGAGGCAAACCUCUUGGUCCACUAGACGGGAUUCCUUUCUCCGUGAAAGAUAACUUCUGCACAGAGAACGUAGAGACGACAUGUGCCUCCCGCAUGCUGCGAGGUUAUUUUCCUCCCUUUAAUGCUACAGUGGUGCAGAAGUUGCUGGAUCAGGGAGCUGUGCUUGUUGGGAAGACCAACAUGGACGAGUUUGCUAUGGGGUCGGGCAGCACCGACGGAGCGUUCGGUCCGGUCAGAAACCCCUGGAGUUACGCUGCUCCGUACCGGACACUCAGCCCUGGAACAGAUCCGGACUCUGAUUGGUUGAUUACAGGUGGGAGUUCAGGAGGAAGUGCAGCCGCUGUGGCGUCUCUGAGCAGCUUCCUUGCACUGGGUUCAGAUACAGGUGGUUCUACUCGUAACCCCGGUUCUCUGUGUGGCGUCGUGGCUCUGAAACCCAGCUACGGUCUGCUCUCUCGUCACGGUCUCAUUCCCCUCGUUAACUCCAUGGACGUCCCGGGCAUCAUGAGCAGGAGCGUCGACGACGUCGCCAUCGCACUCGAUGUUCUUCAGGGUCGUGAUGUAAAAGACUCCACUACAAUCCAGCCCGCGGAUUCUCCUGCGCCGCUCCCUCAGGAGUUUGAUGUCAGAGAUAUUUGCGUUGGCGUCCCGAAGGAGUACCAUGCUCCGGGUCUGUCAGCUGACACUCUGUCACAGUGGACCCGAGUGGUGGCUAUGUUUGAGCGAUCUGGGGCGCAGGUGCGUGAGGUGUCGCUCCCUCACACUCAGUACUCCAUCGUGUGUUACCAUGUGCUCUGCUGCUGUGAGGUGGCAUCAAACAUGGCGCGCUUCGACGGCCUGCAAUACGGUCACCGCAGUGCCGUGGAGAGCUCGACUGAAGAGCUGUACGCUACCACGCGACACGAGGGCUUCAACGACGUCGUGAGGCGCAGAGUCCUCUCAGGAAACUACUUCCUACUGAAACAGAACUACGAGCGCUACUUUGUGAAGGCUCAGCAGAUCAGGCGUCUGAUCACUGAGGAUUUCCAGCGCGUGUUCUCCUCAGGCGUGGACGUCCUCCUCACUCCCACUACGCUGAGCGACGCGGCAGCGUACUCGGACUUCAUCCGGGAAGACAAUCGGACACGCAGCGCACAGGAUGACAUCUUCACCCAGCCGGUCAACUUAGCAGGUCUCCCCGCCGUCACCGUCCCGACGUCCCUCUCCAGUCGAGGACUUCCUAUCGGCCUGCAGCUGAUUGGUCGGCACCUCCAGGACAGGAAACUGCUGGCGGUGGCUCACUGGAUGGAGCAGCAGCUUGAUUUUCCCCUCAUCCGGUUUCACGAUAAAGACGUCGCACGGGAGACAAAAUCGGAGUGGAACAGAGAGCGAGAACGUACGUCAGGGGCGUGAACGACGGUGUCCUCUCGUACGAAUGCGUCGUAGAGAAAACGUCACGACUUUAUGGCUUUUUCUUCAACAUUAUGGGACGGGUUUGAAAGAAUCAAACACUUUCUCUUCACGACCGUGAGAAAUUUAAGCCACUUUUAUCAUCAGCUGGAUUCUGAAGGAAAGGGGUUUAAAAAAAAAAGCUGAUGUUGCUUUGGUCUGUUUCUGGUCUGAGGUAAAGAUGUAACUCUGUAAGUUUUAUGAUAUCUUCAGAAGGCUGGUGAUGAGGGAACGACUGUUUAUAGCUGAACGAUUUCCACAACAUUAAUGACUGUAAACAGAUGGAAAAAAAAAACUACUGUGUCAUUUUUUAUUAAAUAAAGUAAGAUGGUGUCAA